AUGGAUCCAAGGAAAAUAAAGUCUAGGGCAACAUUCAGUCCAUCAUGCAAUUCAAAGAAGCAAAAGACAGAUUUUAGUUCCCAGGAGGCCCUGCCAAAAACAGGAGAAACAGGGAAGUCAGCAGUAGAGUAUGACUUCAACAAGAAGCGUGUUCGGAUUCUAUCUCUUGGACAAGAUUUUGAAGAGAAGGGUGUUCUUUAUUGGAUGUCAAGGGAUCAACGUGUAAUGGACAACUGGGCUCUUCUCUAUGGGCAGCACCUGGCUUUGAAGCAUAGACUCCAAUUUCAUGUCUGCUUUUGUCUGGUUCCCCAGUUUCUUGAUGCCACCAUUCGACACUUUGGUUUCAUGCUCAAAGGUCUUCAGGAAGUGGAAGCAGAAUGUCAAGCAUUAAACAUUCAAUUCCAUCUCUUGAAGGGAGAGGCACCAACUGUAUUACCUCAGUUUAUCAGCCAGAAUGCAAUAGGAACUGUUGUGACUGAUUUUUCUCCUUUGCGUUUACCAUGUUCAUGGGUGGAGAGUGUCCAAAAGGGUCUUCCUGAAGAUGUGAGCUUCUUUCAAGUUGAUGCCCACAACAUAGUCCCUGUUUGGGAGACCAGCAAUCAACUUGAAAGGAAAAUAUACAUAACUCAAGAUAAACUCAGGGGCAAACUAGCAGAUUUCCUGAGUGAAUUUCCUCCUGUGGUCAAGCAUCCAUUCAUAUGCAGCAAGCCCUGCAGUUCUAUUAAUUGGGAUGAAGUCUAUAUGUGGUUAGAAUGUGAUAGGAGUGUCCCUGAAGUAACAUGGGCCAAACCUGGAACUUCUGCUGGGAUGAGGAUGCUUCAAGACUUCAUUCAGAAUAGAUUGAAGAUGUAUGCUGAGAAGAGGAAUGAUCCUACUGUGGAUGCAACAAGUAAUCUCUCUCCAUGGCUUCAUUUUGGCCAAGUAUCUCCCCAACGUUGUAUUCUUGAAGUGAAGCAACUCUCGGAGACAUAUCCUCAGUCAGUUGAUAAGUUCAUCAAUGAAGCCUUCAUCUGGAGGGAACUGGCAGAACACUUCUGCACAUAUUGCCCCCAUUAUGAUUCCUUGGAAGGAGCUGAAGAAUGGGCCAGGACAACGCUUGAGAUCCAUUCACAAGACCGACGACCAUACAUCUAUUCUGAAGGUGAAUUGGAAAGUGGGAAAACUCAUGAUCAUCUGUGGAAUGUUGCACAGAAACAGCUGGUGAAGGAUGGGAAGAUGCAUGGUUUCCUACGAAUGUAUUGGGGGAAGAAGAUUUUGGAAUGGACUCCGAACCCAGAGGAGGCCUUGAAGAUUGCCCUUCAUCUGAAUGACAAGUACGAGUUGGAUGGACGGGAUCCCAAUGGCUAUGUUGGUUGUAUGUGGGCCAUCUGUGGUGUUCAUGACAAAGAGUUUGAUGAACGACCCAUCUAUGGCAAGAUUCGUUCAAUGGUUUAUGAAAGCUUGAAACGCAAGUUCAAUGAAGCUGAAAGUGUACGAUAUCUGGCUGGCCUGGUCAUCACCACUUCAAAUGCAACUAGUGGAGAGGAAUAG